AUAUACUGACGUUUGUGGCAACAACUUAUUUUAAUGAUAUACCUAUCAUUAUCUGGCUUGAUUGCAUUGUAUCUGCCUGGAAAAUUCACUUGCGACAAUCAGUCUGAGAUUUGCUCUGAGCCUGAGUGCAUGCGGAUUAAAUAUAAUCCUUCGAUAUACAGAGCGUUGCGAGAUAUUUAUAGACGUGGUGCAUUUAAAGGAUUAUAAAUAGAAUUACGAGAAUGACAUUUAAGUUUAUUUAAACACAAAUCAUUUGUUUUCUUUUAUUUUGAGUUUACGUGCGUGAAACAUCAAAAUAUUUCGUUAAAAUUAUUAAAAUUUAAUUUAAUAAUAAUAACCAUUUAAUAUUUGAAUAAAGUUGAAGAAUUUAUGCGAAUUUAAAAUAUGAUUGUGUAAUUGUGCGUGGAUGACAAGCAAAACCCAGGAUCUGUUGAAAAUCAUGUUAUCAGAGAGCAGGCAGACACGCGAACGGUUUUUCUAAAGUUCAGAUUCAUUUAAGCUCAAAAUAGUCGGCGGAUGAAUGUGUAGAGUUCGGCAUUACUCGUGUUCGGAUAAUAAUAAUUUCACUAAUCAGUGCUGCAAUAAUACAAAAGUGCAUUGUGUAUUCGUAUUCGUAUACGUGUUAUCAAUCCGAUUAAAUUAAGUGCGUGUUUUUGCUGCACAUUUUUUGCUGAUAAUAGUUUAUAAAUAUAAUAAUUUGAUUGAUAAACAUGCCGGGAUUACGAUUCAAUCACGAAAAUGAUAUUGAAAUGAAUGAAAUUCAUUCGAAUCAUGAAAAUGGUGGAAGUAAGGUUACUAAUAUCGAUCCGUCAAUCGACAGCAUGAACUUUGACGACAUCCUAGAUGAACUUGGCGAAUUGGGCAGAUUCCAAAUAGUUACAUAUUUACUCAUCUGUUUACCAGUAUUAUUCAGCGGAGCAAACAGUUUGAGUUAUGUCUUCACCGCAGGAAUACCAGAAUACAGAUGUUCAAUCCCCGGCUGUGACAAUGAAAACACCACAUUCAAUGCAAAAUGGAUGUCAUACGCCAUUCCGUUGGAUAAGAUGGAUCAACCGGAGCAUUGUCUUAUGUAUAAACGCACCGGAAGCGGAUGUGAAGUGGACGACUUUGAUUAUUCAACAAAAUUAUCCUGUGAUUCGUGGCUUUUUGGUAAAGAAAACACAAUUGUCAACGAGUGGAAGUUAACGUGUAGAGAAAAUGAACUUUUGCUGUCAUAUGUGGGUAACAGCCAUUUUGUUGGGAUAUUUAUUGGGUCAUUUUUAUUCGGAUUAUUAUCAGACAGAUAUGGAAGAAAAUACAUGUUCUUGAUUGCUAUUGUGAUAAUGUGUAUUGCUGGAGUUGGUCAUGUUACAGCUGGUAAUUAUUACAUGUUUUUGGCGAUUACAUGUAUUCAUGCAAUUGGAACAGCAGGAGUUUAUCCACUGGGAUUUGUAAUUGGUGUAGAAUUAGUAGGAAGAAGUAAACGUGAACUAACUGGAGUGGUCCUCAACUUCUUCUACGCAUUUGGUGAAGCACUGCUUGGCGUGGUUGCAUAUUAUUCACAGGACUGGCGAUUGACACAAAUGAUUGUUUCAGGACCUUGUAUUCUAUUUGUAUUAUACUUUUGUUAUAUACCAGAAUCUGUGAGAUGGUUAAUGGCAAAGAAUAAAAAUCGUGAAGCUAGUGGAAUCAUCACACAAGCAGCUAAAAUAAACAAAGUUGUUUUGUCUGAAGGUGUGAGAAACACGUUUACAGAACCUGCAUCACAACAAAGUGAAAAUGAUGAAGAAACACCAAUGUGGCCAAUGGUUGUCGACAUUUGCAAAACCAGAUCAUUAGUUAUUAGAUAUAUUGUGAUUUUUAUCGUUUGGGGUGCUAAUGCAUUUAUUUAUUAUGGAAUGUCUCUAAAUGCUACAAGUAUGGGUGGCAAUAAGUAUGUAAAUUUUAUCCUUGUAUGUCUCAUCGAAAUUCCCGGAUAUUUAGUAUCGUGGAUAACAAUUCUAAAAAUCGGCCGUAAAUAUUCAUUGAUUGGAUCACUGUUUGUCUGCGCUGUUUUGUGCAUUGCGACAGCAUUUGUUCCUACAAAUCUAAAUUGGCUAAUCAUUUUAUUGUUCUUGCUGAGUAAACUUUCCAUCACCUGCUCGUUCGGAAUUAUUUAUGUUUACACAGCGGAAUUAUUCCCGACAAUUGUGCGCAGUGGUGGUGUGGCAACCGCGUCGACUUUUGCGAGAUUCGGCGCGUUUUUGGCACCGUUUAUUCCACGUCUAGGACAAUUGUGGGCUUCACUUCCAAUGAUAUUGUUCGCGGUGAUUGCGUUCAUGGCGGGUGCGCUUGUUUUUAAACUGCCGGAAACUGUAAAACGAAAACUGCCGGAAACGUUGACGGAUGCCAUAAAUAUCAACUCAGCACCUAAACAAUGAAGAAGUAGUUGAAUGCAAUCAAAGUUGCAAAAACAUGCAUUUCGUUGAUCUAUGUAGAUUUUCAAAUGAAAUUGUGUUUUAUAUUUUUAUAAAAUAAAUGUUAAUUAUUAUGAA